UGACGCUGCUCUCAUCAGUGCGAACGCAUCACGAACGGACUGUAAAAACAAAGUUUCUGACCAGGCGGAUUAAGAAGCUCGGGUGUACAAUCAGCAGUUGAGAAUGACAGAGGAGCGGGAUAAGAGCAGCGCGGAGCCGCCGUGCAGUCCCGCCGACUCGUGCAGCUCGCAGUCGCAGGUCGAGUCGGAUUCUGACGCGCCGUCUUCUCCUGCUGGAUCGGACGGACACGUGUCGCUCAUGAUGACAGAACUGGGAAAUAAACUGGAGGAUGAGGACGAACGCUUCCCAGCUUGUAUCCGGGACGCGGUGUCGCAGGUUCUGAAGGGGUAUGACUGGUCCCUUGUGCCCAUGCCGGCGCGAGGCAGUGGCGCGAUGAAGAGUAAACCGCAUGUGAAAAGACCCAUGAACGCAUUUAUGGUUUGGGCUCAAGCCGCGCGCAGGAAACUUGCGGAUCAGUAUCCACAUCUUCACAACGCCGAACUCAGCAAAACACUCGGGAAACUCUGGAGACUGUUAACUGAGAAUGAGAAGAGACCGUUUGUGGAGGAAGCCGAGAGACUCCGAGUCCAACACAAGAAAGAUCAUCCGGAUUAUAAAUACCAGCCCAGACGAAGGAAGGUUGUAAAAUUGGGACAGGGCGAGUCUGAUGCUGGGCCCGACUUCAGCCAUCCCAUGUAUAAAGUUGAACCUGGAAUGGGGGGUUUAUCCAAUCAUCACGCCAACCUCACAGGUCAGCCCCAUGGACCCCCAACACCCCCGACCACGCCUAAAACUGACCUUCAUCAUGGGGGAAAGCAAGAUUUAAAGCAUGAAGGACGACGUUUGCUUGACAGCAAUCGACAGAACAUUGACUUCAGCAACGUUGACAUUUCCGAGCUUAGCACAGAUGUCAUCAGCAAUAUAGAAACCUUCGAUGUCCACGAGUUUGACCAGUACUUGCCUCUCAGUGGUCACACCGGAGCCACCCCUAUGACCUCAGAGCACGGUCACAGACCGAGCAGCAGCUCGGGAGGUGUGUACGUUACGUCCUAUGGCCAACUGGUGAGCAACGGUCCUGCCUGGAGUCACAAAGUGGCUACAAUGUCCUCAUUGCCCGGUGUGAGCGAAGUGGGUCAGCACAGACCACACAUUAAAACUGAGCAGUUAAGCCCGACUCACUACAGCGAGCACUCGCCGUCGCAGACCGAGUACAGCACGUAUAGCGCUCAGGCGUGUGUCACAUCGGCAGCCUCCUUCUCGGCCAUUGCCUCGUUCUCCAGCACACAGUGUGACUAUACAGACCUUCAGAGCUCCAACUACUACAGCCCAUAUCCCAGCUACCCGUCCGGGCUGUACCAGUACCCGUACUUCCAUUCCUCCCGGCGGCCAUACGGAAGCCCAAUACUGAACAGCAUAUCCAUUCCUCCUCCUCCCAGUCCCACCGCUAACUGGGAUCAGCCGGUUUACACCACAUUAUCCAGACCAUGAGGCGCGGCUGACCGGAACUAUACUGUUACUCUGCUACACUAAUGAAGGACAGCAUUGGCUAAGUGUUUUUUUGUGACUGAACACAAAUAAAUGAGUGCCUGCUGAUUUCUACAUAUCAUGCCAUUAUUGAUCUCUUCCAAAAUUAGUCCAAAAUUCUUGGACCACUUGAAAAUCUAGGAUUGUUUAGUUUUUUUUUGUCUUUAAACCAGGAAAUGAACAAAAAGGUUUAAGAUUUAUCUAAAUCUGAUGAAAUGUAUUAGAUUCAGCACUAUUAUUAUGUCACUAAUCAAGUGUAAGCAAAUUAAAUCAACGAUGCUCUUUGGAACAUUCUCAAGUCAUGCUGUGAAUUUCUGAUGACAUAUUUUGUCACUUAAUCCUGGACGGUUGGCGCUAAAUGUGCUGAAUUAGUGCCUGUACAACCAGCUGAAAUCCUCUGUGAGGAACAGCAGUCACUACAGCCCGUUUCCUGACCCGCAUGUGUGCUUUCACUCUUUGUGAUUCACCAAAAUUGAGCUAGAGAUGAAUAAAGAACAGGUGGAGAAACACACACACACACACGUGUACUGGGACCAAUAAAGUGCUUUUGAAAUUUGAAGGAACUUUUUUAUGUCAACUGCUAAUUAUUAUUUUUACCCAAAUGUCUUAAUGAAAUCUGUAAUAUACUGUAUAUUUAUGUAAUAUGUUUGCCAUUUGUUUCAUAUUAUAGUACAGAAGUAUGUUUUAACUGCAAAAAUGGUGGAGGGAUCAAAUAAUUCCGGUACAGUCAGUUGUGUUGUGCUGAUUUAACAAUUAUUGAUUUUCAAACAUUCCUGAUUCCUGGAAAAACACCAAUCACUUUUCCAUCCCUUGUUGUUCUGCAGAAGCUAAAGCAAACGGAGCGAAAUAAAAUGUCACACGGACAAAAGUGAGAUUAGUCAUGAUGAUGUUGCUGCUGUGCUGUGAGUGACACGUCAGCUGCAACACAACCUUUUCUCUCAGUGGUCACCAACUCCCUUUUAUUGAAUCAAAACAAAUUUUCCUGAGCACUUACACAUGUCAAAUGCUCUUGACAUUUGAAGUAAGGUCAUAAAUAACUGCAGUUUUUAAUCAUUAUCAUUCAUUGCCUUCACAUGCUUAUUGUCAUUGAACUCCCGCUUGAAUUAAAUAGAUUUCUAUAUUAAUACAGCAUUCAGCUUUCAACACAGAGCAUAUCUAAUAUUUGCUUUUAUAUUAAAUGUUUUUAUAAAAUGUUUGGUUGCGAAACACACAAAAUAGUGUUUUCUGUACAUUUUGGUGUUUCACUUUAAAACAACUGAGCUGUGAACCUUUACUCUAUGUUAACAAGUACUUACAAGAUGAAU